UUCUAUUUUUCAGGCUCUAUUUCCUGUGAGUCCUGAUGCAGCCAUACAGAUGUGCUGCAAUGGUGACAUGAACUCAUGCCUGAGCCUGGGAGAGUCACGGAGACGGCCAUCUUCGCUGUGACUUCUUGGGGUGCUCCCGGUGGGAUAAUCAAAGAAGGGAAACCCAGCAUGAGCUUUGUCAUGAAGCUGCACAGGCACUUUCAAAGGACAGUCCUGCUGCUUGCCACCUUUUGCAUGGUGAGCAUUAUUAUUUCUGCUUACUACCUGUACAGCGGCUACAAACAGGACAGUGAGCUCUCUGAGGUGGCUUCAGAAGUAGACUGUGGCGAUCUCCAGCACCUUACAGAUAGGCUGAUGAGUGUGAAGACCUCAAAGCUUCUAGAUGCCUCGAAGACAGAGCCCGUAGUCCUGGUCUUUGUGGAGAGCCAGUACUCAUCUCUCGGUCAAGACAUUAUCAUGAUCCUAGAGUCUACCAGAUUCCAAUAUCACAUUGAAAUUGCUCCUGGAAAAGGAGAUCUCCCAGCACUUACGGACAAAGCAAAAGGCAAAUAUAUUCUCAUUAUCUAUGAGAAUAUCUUAAAGUAUAUGCACAUGGACUCUUGGAAUCGAAGCCUUUUAGAUAAAUACUGUCUGGAAUAUGGUGUGGGUGUCAUCGGAUUCCAAAAGUCUACUGAGAAGGGACUACAGAGUUUUCAAUGGAAAGGUUUCCCCCUUUCCAUCUACGGAAAUCUUGCAGUCAAAGAUUGCUGUGUUAAUCCUCAUUCUCCAUUGCUUCGUGUGACCAAAUCAUCCAAGCUUGACAAAAGUUCUUUACCUGGAACCGACUGGACAGUUUUUCAGAUUAAUCACUCAGCCUACCAACCAGUUAUAUUUGCCAAAGUAAAGACCCCAGAAAACCUUCCUCCUCCCAUCUCUAAAGGUGCUUUCUAUGCGACCGUCAUUCAGGACCUGGGCCUCCAUGAUGGAAUUCAGAGGGUUCUUUUUGGCAACAACUUGAACUUCUGGCUGCACAAGUUGAUAUUCAUCGACGCAAUCUCCUUCCUGUCAGGCAAGAGGCUGGCCUUGUCCUUGGACAGGUACAUCCUGGUGGACAUUGAUGACAUAUUUGUGGGGAAGGAGGGGACGAGGAUGAACACCAAUGAUGUGAAGGCUCUGCUUGAUACUCAAAAUCUUUUGCGAGCACAAAUCACAAAUUUCACAUUCAAUCUGGGAUUUUCAGGGAAGUUUUACCAUACAGGGACACAGGAGGAAGAUGAAGGUGACGACUGUCUGCUGGGGUCGGUGGACGAGUUCUGGUGGUUCCCACACAUGUGGAGCCACAUGCAGCCCCACCUCUUCCACAACGAGUCCUCUUUGGUGGAGCAGAUGAUUCUCAACAAAAAGUUUGCCUUAGAACACGGCAUUCCCACUGACAUGGGCUAUGCAGUGGCCCCCCACCACUCAGGCGUCUACCCUGUGCACGUUCAGCUUUACGAGGCCUGGAAGAAGGUCUGGAAUAUUAAAAUCACCAGCACAGAAGAAUACCCACACCUGAAACCAGCCAGAUACCGGAGGGGCUUCAUCCACAAAAACAUCAUGGUUCUUCCAAGACAGACCUGUGGACUUUUCACUCACACCAUUUUCUACAAAGAAUACCCAGGGGGUCCAAGGGAGCUGGACAAGAGCAUCCAAGGAGGUGAACUUUUCUUCACUGUGGUACUCAACCCAAUCAGUAUUUUCAUGACCCAUUUGUCCAACUAUGGGAAUGACCGGCUGGGAUUAUAUACCUUUGUUAACCUGGCCAACUUCGUGCAGACCUGGACCAACCUGCGCCUUCAGACUCUGCCUCCAGUACAACUAGCUCGAAAGUAUUUUGAGCUCUUCCCUGAUCAGAAAGACCCUCUCUGGCAGAAUCCUUGUGAUGACAAACGUCACCGAGACAUUUGGUCUAAAGAGAAAACCUGUGAUCGCUUACCAAAAUUUUUGGUAAUAGGACCCCAGAAAACUGGUACCACUGCUUUGUAUUUGUUCCUGGUUAUGCAUCCUUCCAUCCUUAGUAACUCCCCCAGCCCAAAAACCUUUGAGGAGGUACAGUUCUUUAAUAGAAAUAACUACCACAGGGGGAUUGAUUGGUACAUGGAUUUCUUCCCAGUUCCAUCCAAUGUCACCACUGACUUUCUGUUCGAGAAGAGUGCCAAUUAUUUCCACUCAGAGGAAGCUCCUAAAAGAGCUGCUUCUUUGGUCCCCAAAGCCAAGAUCAUAACUAUUCUCAUUGACCCAUCAGACAGAGCAUACUCCUGGUACCAGCACCAGCGAUCACACGAGGACCCUGCGGCUCUCAAGUUUAGCUUCUACCAAGUCAUUACUGCUGGGCCCCGGGCACCGCUGGAACUCAGAAUCCUACAGAAGAGAUGCUUGGUCCCGGGGUGGUAUGCCAGCCACAUCGAGAGAUGGCUUGUUUAUUUCCCCCCAUUCCAGUUGCUAAUUAUCGAUGGGCAGCAGCUAAGAACAGACCCCGCCACAGUGAUGGAUGAAGUGCAGAAGUUUCUAGGAGUCGCUCCUCAUUAUAAUUACUCAGAAGCUUUAACAUUUGAUUCUCACAAAGGUUUCUGGUGUCAGCUACUGGAAGAAGGUAAAACAAAAUGUCUUGGAAAGAGUAAAGGAAGAAAAUACCCUCCAAUGGAUUCUGAUAGCAGAGCAUUUCUAUCAAGCUACUACCGCGACCACAACAUAGAGCUCUCAAAGCUGCUGCACAAACUGGGCCAGCCUCUACCAUCCUGGCUGAGACAGGAGCUGCAGAAAGUGAGAUAGCACUGAGCAAAAGAAAAAAAACUUCCGGAGAAACCACCCUCCAUGAUAGAACAGAUACCUUUUCCAAAGCUUCCAGAAGCUAUCAAAAGGCUGUCAAAAUAUAAUAUAUACCUCUUCAAAUAAGAAAAAUAAGAGUUCCUUCCAUGUGCUGGCAUGUGGAUAAUUAG